AGUUGAGCUGCGGCAGAGAGUCCUGCGCACAACCGAGCGGCGGCCGGAGAUGCCUGACGCAUCGGCCUGAGGAGCGGUCAGCGACGCGAUGGAGCGAGCAAGGGAUCGCUUACACCUGAGACGGACUACAGAACAGCACGUGCCAGAGGUUGAAGUCCAAGUCAAACGCAGAAGGACAGCCUCACUGAGCAACCAGGAGUGUCAUUUGUACCCGAGGCGUUCUCAGCAGCAGCCAGUACCUGUGGUGGAUUUCCAGGUGGAACUGAGACAGGCAUUCCUAGCUGAGACACCAAGAGGUGGUUAAAACAAUACUGAAACAUCGAGGUAGCUGAUUCCAAGCCAAACCAGGCUCCGUCUACUGUUUGAACCUUCUGCCCAGCUUGCAUUGUUUCUAGGAGAACCUGCAUCAUACCUUUAUCUAUAGCCUUCCCCAGGUCUUAAAGGUCCUGAAAGUUUACUGUGGACAUCGGACUUGGUGGAACAGCAAUCAUGACUGUGGGCAAGAGCAGCAAGAUGCUGCAACACAUUGAUUAUAGAAUGAGAUGUAUCCUGCAAGAUGGCCGGAUCUUCAUUGGCACCUUUAAGGCUUUUGACAAGCAUAUGAAUUUGAUCCUCUGUGAUUGUGAUGAGUUCAGGAAGAUCAAGCCAAAGAAUGCGAAGCAGCCAGAGCGUGAAGAAAAGCGGGUUUUGGGUCUGGUGUUGCUGCGUGGGGAGAACUUGGUAUCCAUGACUGUGGAGGGGCCACCCCCCAAAGAUACUGGCAUUGCUCGGGUACCACUUGCUGGAGCUGCUGGAGGCCCUGGAGUUGGUAGGGCAGCUGGCAGAGGAGUACCAGCUGGUGUACCAAUUCCCCAGGCUCCUGCUGGAUUAGCAGGCCCUGUCCGAGGAGUUGGGGGACCAUCCCAGCAGGUCAUGACUCCACAGGGAAGAGGCACUGUGGCGGCUGCUGCUGUUGCUGCCACUGCCAGCAUUGCUGGAGCCCCAACACAGUAUCCACCAGGACGGGGCACUCCACCCCCACCUGUAGGCAGAGCAACCCCUCCUCCAGGAAUAAUGGCUCCUCCACCUGGUAUGAGGCCACCCAUGGGCCCACCGAUUGGGCUUCCCCCUGCUCGAGGAACGCCAAUAGGCAUGCCUCCUCCAGGAAUGAGACCCCCUCCACCAGGAAUUAGAGGUCCACCUCCCCCAGGAAUGCGUCCACCAAGACCCUAGGAUACUUUUGAUUCAUCUCAGUCACUUUUUUCCCUGCUAUGUGUCUUGUGAAAUUGUGUAGAGUGUUUGUGAGCUUUUUGUCCCCUCUUUCUGCAUUAAUAAUAGCUAAUAAUAAAUGCAUAGAGCAAUUAAA